AGGUCGUGGAAGUGUUGAGGUUGUGAUAGUUUUCGUGCUCAUGCACGCCCGCCAUAUCCCGCGUCCCCCCCUCCCAUUGGCUGCUGGGCCUGUCAUCUCUUCUGUGAUUGGUGGAGUUGUCAGCUGCAUUCACUGCCCAUGUGUGCUGCGCGUGAGACGAACGCUUUUGUUUUUCCUUCUGCAUCCGUCCUCUCUCCACCAGAGAUUACGGUAACAGUUCAUUCUUGGAAAGGAGGAUUUGGAGAUUUCGGGAAAUGUUUGUGAAAACAUUUGUAAAAAUGUUUUUCUCGUCAUCAACUGGUACAUGGCAGUUUAGAGACAUCAGAAAAUACAAACUCCUACCAAGCCUUUAUUCCCAAACACUUACCUUUCAGUAAAUAUUUUGAUUUGACUCACUCAUUUUCUUAUGAAAGGAAUAUUUGUCUCCAUAUAUUACAAUUUUGCAUUUUAUUUACAUCUAUUCGUGAAUCUAUAAAAGCACGUUUGUAGACCUCGAGUCGGGAUUAUUUACUGAACAUUUUUUUGAGUUCAUCUUUAAAUAAAUGUGUUAUUGCUGUGUGACAUAUUUGUAUUAUAUAAAAUAUGCGACAAACACCUGGGGAGACGCUGUAACAUGAAAGUAUUUAACAACUGCAAAGUCGAUUUGGUGAAUCGAGUUGAUCUCGAACUGUUGUUCGAGCAGUGACUGGACUUUCUCCUUGCGCGUCGUCUCCGGUCGUUACGGUUCUGACGGAGCCGCUGUUCCUCAGCUGGUAUCAGACCAGACUGGCGGGGCUGCAGCCCACCGCCUCAGUUCGCAGUGAGGCGAGGAGGGUGACGCUGCAACACCCACGAUGUUAGACAACGGAGAGCUGGUGUUGGACACUUCCCCGCGGGAGCUCACCCAGAACCCGCUGAGGAAGAUCUGGCUGCCGUGCAGGAACGGACACAUCGCCCAGAGACGCGUAUGUAUGACAAAUUGCCCGACCCUCAUUGUGACUGUAGGACUUCCAGCCCGAGGGAAGACUUACAUUUCAAAGAAGCUCACUCGCUACUUAAACUGGAUAGGUGUGCCAACCAAAGAGUUCAAUGUUGGCCAGUAUCGGAGGGAGUGUCUGAAGAUCUACAAAUCCUUCGAGUUUUUCCGUCCAGAUAAUGAAGAGGGAUUAAAAAUCAGACGUCAGUGUGCUUUGGCUGCACUAAAUGAUGUCCGACAGUACCUGAGUGUCGAAGGAGGACAGGUGGCGGUCUUUGAUGCAACAAAUACAACAAGAGAAAGAAGAGGGACCAUUGUCAAGUUCGCUGAGCAGAAUGACUUCAAGGUGUUUUUUGUGGAGUCUGUGUGUGAGGACCCAGAUGUCAUCGCGCAAAACAUAGUGCAAGUGAAGUUGGGCAGCCCAGACUACAUUCACUGCAACACAGAGGAGGCCAUCGAGGACUUCAUGAAGAGAAUCAAAUGUUACGAAUCCUCCUACCAACCCCUGGACGAGGCUCUGGACAGGGACCUGUCCUACAUAACGAUCAUGGACGUGGGCCGGCGUUACCUGGUGAACCGCGUUCUUGACCACAUCCAAAGCCGAAUCGUCUACUACCUGAUGAACAUCCACAUUACGCCACGCUCCAUCUAUCUGUGUCGCCACGGUGAGAGUGACCUCAACAUCAAGGGACGCAUCGGAGGAGACUCGGGCUUGUCUGCCAGAGGAAAAGAGUUCGCCAGAAGUCUGAUGAAAUUCAUCCAGGAGCAGAAUAUCAAAGAUCUGAAGGUGUGGACGAGCCAGAUGAAGAGGACGAUCCAGACGGCAGAGUGCCUCGGCGUCCCGUACGAACAGUGGAAGCCUCUGAACGAAAUAGAUGCUGGUGUGUGUGAGGAAAUGAUGUAUGAGGAGAUUCAAGAGCAUUACCCCCUGGAGUUUGCACUGAGAGACCAAGACAAGUAUCGCUACCGCUACCCCAAAGGAGAGUCGUAUGAAGACCUGGUGCAGCGACUGGAGCCGGUGAUCAUGGAGCUGGAGAGACAGGAGAACGUUCUGGUGAUCUGUCAUCAAGCUGUGAUGCGCUGUCUUCUUGCAUAUUUCCUUGACAAGUCUGCAGACGAGUUGCCUUAUCUCAAGUGCCCUUUGCACACGGUGUUGAAGUUGACCCCCAUGGCUUACGGAUGUAAAGUGGAGUCUGUGUGUUUAAGCGUGGACGCUGUGAACACUCACCGAGACCGACCUGAGAAUGUGACUGUGCGGCGUAGCACUGAAGACGCUCUGCAAACGGUCCCCACUCACUUCUGAUCUCCUGCACUUCCUGUUACAGCCGAGACCUCGUCAGACAGCAUCGGACAAUGUUCGGCCGCCCGCUGCAGCAGCUUCGUCACGUGAUCUGGGGAAUUGAGCAUCUUCCCAGACUCCAACUAAAAAGCACUUUCAGUAAAUACAAUCCAUUUUUAUACGUCUGUUUGUUGUGACCUGUAAUGUUACUGUAGCUCGGAAAGGCUAGACAGUAUUUUUGAUAUGUACGUUUGCUUUUGCAGUUGUAAUAUUCCCUUAACAUUCACUGUCCUUUUCCAUGGAUUAUAUUUGUCAACUACUGUAUAUUGUGCACUAUGUGUAUAUUUUGCCAUAUGCUUCCAGUGCUCGUGGGGAUGUUUUUCUUGGGUGAAUAACCCAAAAAAAGACUGAGGAGACUGGAGCUACUUCUGUUAAAAUUCCUCUUGAUCCCUGACUGUUGUGUGAAACUUUUCAAAAGACACAAAUGAACAUUUUAAUUUUGUUUGACAGUGCUUUCCUUCACCUGGUUGUUGAUUUAAAUUUAAAACUAAGAGCAGAGCAGCCUGUCUGUUGGGUGAACCUACUCUGAGUUAACAAAGAUUUAAGAUGAAAAGUUUAAAUAAAAAACACAAAGGUGCAGACUAAAUUCCUACAACACAGAGCCCCACAAACGAACCAUGACGGGUGGAAACAGACAAUUUUUCUGUCAAAUGUACAGUAUAUAGUGCAUUUAUAAACCAUUCAUACCCCUCAAAUAUGUACAAAGUGUGUUAUGUUGCACUCUUGCAGUAAAAUAAAAAGAAAAUCCCCGUUAAAAAUUAAAAACUAAAGAAUCACGUUGACAUAAGUAUUCAGACCCUUUGCCACGACAAGUGAAACUGUAGCUCCUGCUCAUCUCUGUUACCAAAGGUUUCCCCAAACUGCUCAGUUGGCUGCCAGAAGCCUUUUCUACUCCUGAGCCUCAACACAAACCCAUCUCUGGGAAAUGGAUCCACAAGCCAAUGCAAACGACUGAAUAUUUAUGUCAAUGUGAUAUUUCAGUUUUUCCUCUCUAACAGAUUUGCAAAGAUUCUUGUAAAUUCUGUUCUUUUUUUGUCAUUAUGUGGUUUUGAGUCUAUUCAGAAAUGUAUAUUUUUUUAUCUCAGCAUAAGGCCAUAUAAUAAAUGUAGUGAAGGGGUCUGAAAAGUUUCUAAAAGGCACUAUAGCUAACGCUCUGUAAUCUAAAGUUCAAACAGAUUUUGGAAAUUAACUUUAUGGGGCUUUGGAUUUUAAGAGAAACAGUGAAAUUAGAUCUUGGAAAUGUUCAGUCCCAAGUGUGACACUUAAAAACGGCUGAUGGAUGAUUUUAUCAUUCAAACAAAUACCCGUUUGUAUUUGAGAGAAUGAAAUACGGUACUGUGCAAACUGAACAAGCAUGUUUGUUUGAUGUAAGUUUUGUGUGAGCAUUAACAUGUAUUAUAUUGUAUGUCAUUUUUUUGGGAACAAUUUCUUUAAUAUUAUACAUUUGAUAUUGUAUAUAACUGUUCUGAUGAUAUCAAUCUAAAUGCCUUGUUUGUCUUCAACUGUCAAGUCUCAGUAAACCUGUGAUGUUUGGGGGAGAGGCGGAGCCUCUGUUCUCGCUUCAUACCUUCAUGAUCCAAAACAGAUAUAAAAAAACCCCCCCACUAAAAUACAAAGAAUAAUGUUUUUAUUACAUCAUUACUGACAGGAGGUCUAUUCAUUUUAAUGAUGCAUCUACAAUAGGGUCUAUUCUGUGUACUAAAUCAAGAAAUGUGGACUGGUUGAUUGCCUUCAUGUCGUAACAAACAUUGCAAAAUGAAAUGUGCAUAUUUAUAUGUGUGUGUGUACCUGUAUAAAACUUUAAAUAAUAAUUUCCAUUUCACCCUG